UGCGCCGCGCAGAGCACUGGGCAGGUGCAGUGCCGCCUGCACGACUCGCUGCUCUCCCUCGACGUUCACAUCCAGACAUCCCGGGCUCUCAUGGUCAUUUCACUGCUCCUGGGCUUCUUCGGCAUCAUCGUGAGCGUGGUGGGCAUGAAAUGCACUAAAGUUGGGGAGGAUGAUCCCAUCACCAAGAGCCGAAUAGCUGUGGCUGGAGGUGUCCUCUUCAUCCUCUCUGGUCUGUGCACACUGGCUGCUGUGUCCUUGUAUGCAACACAGGUGACCUACGAGUUCUUCAGAGAGAGCACAGUCCCCAUCAAUGCCAGGUAAGAGCCUGGCUCAAGGCUGCUCUGCAUCUGA